UCCACACUUUGGUGAUCCAGUACCUUACAUGUCCCAAUGUGUCAUGAUUUUUCAUUUCUAGGGCUCUGGCAACACUUUGGGACUCCCUCCACACUUUGGGGCUCUAUCACGUUACAUGUCCCAAUGUGUCAUGAUUUUUCAUUUCUAGGGCUCUGGCAACACUUUGGGACUCCCUCCACACUUUGGUGGUCGAGCACGUUGCAUGUCCCAAAGUGUCAUGAUUUUUCAUUGCUAGGGUUCUGUCAACACUUUGGGACUCCCUCCACACUUUGGUGAUCCAUUACCUAACAUGUCCCAAUGUGUCAUGAUUUUUCAUUUCUAGGGCUCUGGCAACACUUUGGGACAUUGUUUACAUACUUGUUAAUCUUGAAUAAAUGUUAUUAAUGGUUAAGAAAUGUCUCUUUCUUGAACAUACACAUCAAUAUAAUAAGUCAAUAUAAUAUACACGAUGUAUAAGUAGUGCAGGGUUCUUUUGCAGGGUCCAUGGUGGUAAGUUAAAUGUAAAACCUGAAGAUACACCCCUUUAAUUUUUUUUUUGGUUUAGGACUAAGGAUCACGAAAGUGUGGCGGAUCUCCAAAGUGCUUUUUUGUCAUUUUUGACAGCAGCUUCAGUCACCGUGUUGAGCGGAAUAUAGAAUUUUGAAGCUACCGUGUCAGAGUGGCACAUGGAUCUGUGUAAAAGGGCCCUCUUGGCUGGGGAGAUGUUCUUGGUCUGAAAAACAGGUCACAAAACAAGCAUAUCAUUACAACAACGCUUUGGUGAACUUAGUCCCUAAUUUGGUGGUCUAGCACGUUACAUGUCCCAAAGUGUCAUGAUUUUUCAUUUUUAGGGUUCUGGCAACACUUUGGGACUCCCUCCACACUUUGGUGAUCCAGUACCUUACAUGUCCCAAUGUGUCAUGAUUUUUCAUUUCUAGGGCUCUGGCAACACUUUGGGACUCCCUCCACACUUUGGGGCUCUAUCACGUUACAUGUCCCAAUGUGUCAUGAUUUUUCAUUUCUAGGGCUCUGGCAACACUUUGGGACUCCCUCCACACUUUGGUGAUCCAGUACCUUACAUGUCCCAAUGUGUCAUGAUUUUUCAUUUCUAGGGCUCUGGCAACACUUUGGGACUCCCUCCACACUUUGGGGCUCUAUCACGUUACAUGUCCCAAUGUGUCAUGAUUUUUCAUUUCUAGGGCUCUGGCAACACUUUGGGACUCCCUCCACACUUUGGUGGUCGAGCAUGUUGCAUGUCCCAAAGUGUCAUGAUUUUUCAUUGCUAGGGCUCUGGCAACACUUUGGGACUCCCUCCACACUUUGGUGAUCCAGUACCUUACAUGUCCCAAUGUGUCAUGAUUUUUCAUUUCUAGGGCUCUGGCAACACUUUGGGACAUUGUUUACAUACUUGUUAAUCUUGAAUAAAUGUUAUUAAUGGUUAAGAAAUGUCUCUUUCUUGAACAUACACAUCAAUAUAAUAAGUCAAUAUAAUAUACACGAUGUAUAAGUAGUGCAGGGUUCUUUUGCAGGGUCCAUGGUGGUAAGUUAAAUGUAUAACCUGAAGAUACACCCCUUUAAUUUUUUUUUUGGUUUAGGACUGAGGAUCACGAAAGUGUGGCGGAUCUCCAAAGUGCUUUUUUGUCAUUUUUGGCUAAACCUUAAGUCCUAUUUUCACCAAACCUAUACCUAUGUGUUGGGGACGGCAAGCCGCACCAGAUGACACAAAAUGUUUGACCAAAAAUAUUCCACAUCCUGUUUUCAGUUAACCAGCAGGAAAUUGCUGUUGCUGAGUAGGUGUUUGGAGAGAGAGGUUGGUUAGGAGAAAGCUCCAGAGAAAACAGGGAAAAUUUAAGCAAAACUUUCUUUUCUUCAGUGGAUUUGAAGAAUGUCUUCCAGGAGUCAGUUGUGCCUGUCUAGUGGACGGGUGAAGGGCCAGUUUCGAUGCCAGGUGUCCGAUUGCAAUGUCUCUUUGAAGAGGAUUGACCUACAUAUGGCCAGUAAACACUUCGAACUAACGACUGAUGAACAGGAGGAGAUGAUUAAGAAGGCCAAACAGGAGUACAUAAUAAAAAAGCUGGCAGAGCUGAGGGCCAGCAACCCUAAAAUUCCGAUGGCCAGCUUUCUGGACCAGAUCUCCACCAUUAGUCACAACAUUGGUGCUCCCCUCUUGACCUCCACCCCUAUUGAGCCUGAAGAGCCAUCCACCAUUCCUGAAACUCAAUGUUCAGACGCCCGAGGAGAGGAAGAACAAGAUGAGGACCCACACCCCAGCACUUCGCAGUCAUCCUCAGCCACAAACAUGCCGUCUUCUAUAUGCACAAACUCAUUGUGCAUAACGGAGAAGGCAAUCAUGCGGGACGAGAUCAAGAGGCUUACCGACCAGCUGAAGCGUAGCGGAGGGGAGUGUCGGAACACAUCAUGCGUUGCCAAAGCUGCCGAGUUGCAGAAGUAUGCUGCCAUGUUUAUUGCCAGCCCUCACCUCAAAGCUUGCAAAAAGUUUUCCCGGAAGGACACUUUUAGUAAGGCACACAAUCCUAAGUAUGAAAAAGUCCUACAGCAGUUCCUCAAAUUCACUGUGGGAUGCAACCCCUCAUCCAAGAAGUCUGAGAAUGUGAAGACCGCUAUAUCCCAUGUCAGGAGGUUUCUCAUUUACUCCGGGGAAGGCAAACUCCUGAGAGGGAAUUUUGGCUUUUUGAAGGAUUCCUCCAGCAUUGCCAAGUGGGUGGAUGUCCUUUGCGAAGAUGGCUUCAAACCCACCACAAUGCGGAUCCAGCUACUGAACAUAAAAAAGUUCUUCAAGUAUAUCCUACACAUGUCCCAAAAAGAAACAAGGCUUAGCGGUCUGGACUUCCGGAAGCUGUUUAUGGAGCUGGAUGCGCGCAUCAAGGACCUGUCAAGCUCCGUGAUCACACACCGCCAGAAAAUCCGGAAGAGCCAAUCCCAUCACAUCGUGCCAAAGGAGGACACAAAACGCUUCCGAAAAGGUGUUAGGCGUGUUCUGCCGAAGAAGCUCAAAACUUUGGAGAGCAACCCGUCCUGGGAGAUUUUGGAUCAGGUGUAUGGAAUGCUGGUGGGUUACUUUGUCAGUGUCAGUGGACAUCGGAAAGGCGUCCUGCAAAAUUUGAAGGUGUCCGAGGUAAUGGACGCAGACGUCGAGGAGGACCACGUCGUUGUGGAAGUCAGCAAACACAAAUCGGCGAGUACAUACGGACAUGCCCAGUUGGCCAUGAACCAUGAGGAGGGGGGAUUCUGA